AAGCCACGCCCCCUUCCUCGCCUUGACGACGUGUGUCUUCCAACGUGCUGAAGGGAGGGAAGUAAACAAGGCCCGGCCUCCUCCCCCCCCCCGCCCGCGCGAGUGAGCGACAAGGCCUCCAGUACCUUCCAGGAGGCUCUGGGCCUAGGAGAGAGAGAGGAGGAGGGAACCCGCCCGGAGCUGUGGCGCAGAAGGAAUUCCCGCUCCGGCGCGGCCUGAGGGGGAAGGGAGUGGGGGCGGCUGCCUUAGGGCUCCGUCGCGGCCUCUGUGAGGUGCAAGGGCAGAGGGGCGGCAGUUGCAGGCCGGUGACGACAGGAGGGUGAUGCCCGUGUUUAUUUUUACUCUGGCGCCUCAUCCUUUCUGGCUUCCUGCGAGGAGGAGGAGGGGCGGCGGCGGCGGCGGCGGGCCCCGUGGUCGCUCCCUGGCCCGGCCCCUGCGGCCUUCCGCGGGCUGCUGUUACGGCCGCCGCCGCCGCCUAUAAAGGGCCGAGGAUGCAGCUCUACAGCACCAUCGUCGCUCACUACCCGGCGGCCGCAGCCACAGCAGCGGCGAGCAGCGCAGCGAGCGGGCCGACGGGCGUCGUCUUCAAAGUCUCGCCUUCGCCGGAGCCCUCGGGACAAGGUCCGGUGGGAGUCGAGAGCGACUCGGUUGGAGGAGGCGGAGGAGGAGUGACUUCGAGCGCCGUCGUCGGAGCGGGAGCAGCCGCCGCCAUGCCCGCCUUCUCCUGCCUGGAGCUGCUGCCCCCGGCGGGGCCCGGGCAGAGGAAGCCGGCGCAGCACCAGCCGGCGCCGCAGUGCUACAGCCCUGGCGCGCAGAUGAUCCGCCGCAGGCCGUUGGAAAGGGUCGUGCCUAUCCGGCUGGUGCCGCGCCCGGAGCCCGUCGUCGUGGCGGCCGAGCUGGGCCCGGCGGCGGCCGCGGCGCACGCCCACCAGUGGCUGCUGCUGGAAACCGGCGGCGGGGGCGAUGGCAGCGCGGCCGUUGCCGCCGCCGCCGCCCAGCCCGGCUUGCAGCAGGAGCCCAGCAACCACGGCCUCCGCUUCAGCGAGCAUUGCCAGGCCAUGCAGGCGGCGACGGCGGCGGCUGCUGCUGCCGCCAGCGCCUACCCGGGCGUCGCCGUUGAGGCCCGUCCCGCCUGCCAGGCGCCCUCCGCCGCCUUGGAGCAUGGCGGUUGCCGGCGGGAGGCCGAGCUGGAGGCCGCCGCCGAGGAGGAGAGCCCCUACCAGGUGCGCCCGACGGAGCGCUGCGAGAAGCUGGCGCUUUACCUGGCCGAGGUGGAGAAGCAGGACAAGUACCUUCGGCACAAGGACCGCUUCCGCUUCCACAUCAUCCCCGAUGGCAACUGCUUGUACCGCGCCGUCUGCAAGGCCGUCAACGGGGACCAGCGGCUGCACGGUGAACUCCGUGAGCAGACGGUGCACUACAUCGCCGACCACCUGGACCACUUCAGCCCCAUCAUCGAGGGCGAUGUGGGCGAGUUCCUCAUCAACGCCGCCCAGGACGGCGCCUGGGCCGGCUACCCGGAGUUGCUGGCCAUGGGACAGAUGCUGAAUGUCAACAUCCACCUUACCACUGGCGGCCGGCCCGAGAGCCCCACUGUCUCCACCAUGGCCCACUACCUGGGGCCUGAGGACCCCAGCCGGCGCAGCAUCUGGCUGAGCUGGCUUAGCAACGGGCAUUACGACGCUGUGCUCGAUCGCCAGUGCCCCAAUCCGGAGUAUGAGGAAUGGUGCCGGCAGACUCAGGUGCAGCGCAGGAGGGACGAGGAGCUGGCCAAAUCCAUGGCCGUAUCUCUGUCGAAGAUGUACAUUGAGCAGAAUGCCUGCUCCUGAGAUGGGAACAGCAUCAGUUGCCUGCUGUCCUGGUGCCUUAUCGUUUUCCAUCCAGCAUUCGUGCCCUAAACUCAGCAAGAACGUGAAGGGGAACAAACCUAGACUGAGAUUUGCAAUGAGUGCUUUGUGUAUAUACCUUCAGAUCCUGGUUAUUUACCAUUCUGUUCUUUUGUAUAUGUUUGUUCUAUUUCCAGUACACUCUUUCUUUUCUAUAAGGGUUGGUUUUUUUUUCCUUUUUGCACAACAUUUUUUAACCUGUUACCUCUGACUUAUCGCCAAAAAUAAGUUAGUAAGAGGUUUGUUAGGGUUUCUGUGCUAAUACGGCUUAUGGUUUAACAGUAGUUUUAUGCUGCAUUUUGAAACCUACACACAUUCUAACAAAGGGGGGGAUGUGUGUUAGUUCACUGACUUCCCACUCUUCCUCAUUAAAUGAAAGCAAAGAACAUUCAGCUGCUUAAAACAACAACAGCAGCAACAACAACAACAACAUGCAGUUAACUUUUAAGUCGCAAGUUUUAAAGUGAAUUGACCACACUGCAGAGCAGGAUUUCUUCAGACAAUUGGAACAUGGCUUUUUCAAGAAUGAUACAGAGAGCAAUUGUGACUCUUCUGUGUUCAGUUGUUGACUAGUGUAAGCUGGCUUUUCAUUUUAUUGCCUGGUUAGUGCCAUCUUUUUUUCUUUUUAGUAUUAUCUGGUUUAGAAUGUUAAGACAUGGUUAAAUUGCUCCAUAAGAAUGGCCUUGAUUUGUGGUCUUGUUCUUUUAAUGAAUUUACAUGCUUGCUGCCUGCCUUCUGACAGUGCACCAGCAGGUUUAUUUUAUCACAUUCUGUUCUUUAGACGUUUUCUAAUCAUUAAUAAUGGGUUUACUCUGGUAUUAUGUAAAAAUGUAUUUAUACUAAGUUUGUAUGUAUGGUUUGCUGGGUCAAACAUUCAAGGUUUUCAAGGUAAAAGCUACCCUCUUUAAUUUCCAAUUAAAAUGAAAUAGCUAGAUAUAUUUAUUCAGUAAUGGAGUUUGUACUUUUUUAUUGUGUGACUUGAAUUUAUACUGUAUUUGUAUAAUAGGAAUAUUCUUAGCUAUUCUGGAAUAAAUGUAUAGUUUUGCUUGGAUUUACAUUUGGAUUUAUGUCAGUGAGUAACAUUUGCAAAUCAGGGUGGGGUGGAGUAAAAAUGUGUGCCCUUUCAGAAUUGGGAUAGGUGGCUGGGCUGCACAAGAGGAUAAGAAAGCCCUUUCCUCUCUGUGAAGAAUGUCUCCCUUGCCACUAAGCUUGCCUCCCAAAAGGUUUGGAAGCAAGAUCAUGCUUUACUUACGGUCAUUAUGGUGCCAUGAGAAGGGGUAGAUGAGAGAUGGAAGAGGGAGGGGGAGAAGCUAGAAUUAGUAAUUAAUUUGUAGGAUAAUUGUCCAACUUUAAGCAUUGAGAGCUGGCAGUGGUUUUUUAAUUGGGAAGAACUCCCACCUUUACAAAUUUUCUGGCUGCAACUCCUUUAACAAAUUUUAGAUUUAUAACAUUUCAUUGAUAAAGCUCAUGAAUUGACAUUUCGUGAGCAUUUGCUUAAAUGUGGUCAGGAGAUGUCACCAGGAGAUUUUUCUUCUCAGGCUUCUAUUCCCCUGCACCUCUGAGCUGGUACCUUUUUUUUGUUGUUUUUUUGCUUUGCCCAUUGCCGCUUUCUGCACCAUCUUUCCUUACCAUAUUUCAUUUUGUUUCUCUUUGUUCUUGUGCUUCUUUCUUUGCAUUUAUGGUACAUACAAACAAUGGGGGGGGGGAAACCCACCUCAAACUGAGCCCCAUUUUAAGAGUAUUAAUUGAAAUGUUAAUACUUGAUCAUAUAUUAGUAUUGUAUGUAAAUUGACAAACGUUAAUAAAUGUUUUGUACUAGCCCUCUGAGGGGUGGCAGGAAAUGGUCAGAAAGCUUCAUCCUGCCUAUAACUGUCAGUUACAGUUCUUUGCUAGGUGUAGAGGCAGAACAGAGCAUUGUUUAGAGGCCUGCCUAUGUUUCCAUACCAAUGAAAGCUUUCCCUCCUCUGUUGACAGCAUGGAAAUGCAGGCUGCAAAUCUUUUAGCAAGCCAGUAGCUUUUGUGGGCUUACUUAGAAGGCUGACUUACAACUUUCCUCCAUGCAUUUGUUUAACCCUUCUUCAACAUUAUCUGUGUUAGAGAGGGCAUUACCAUUCCAUUAAUUAAUGAGUGGCACAAGAAUAAGUACUCUGGUUGUCCUGAAUCUUUUUGGCUAUUUGAUUGAGGUAUUUAUCAUAUUUCCCCUAUGCUUCCGAUUCUUUGAAAAUGGCAUCCAUCACUAAUAAAUAAAGACAAUGAUUACUUCGAGAAAAUUAAAUACAACCUUCGAACAACAAUAUUUAGCACUUGCAUAGGUACAAAAGGGGCAUAUAAAUGUAAGAAAAGAAAAAAAGAUUGUAUUUCAAGUGUAUUUGUCAUGUUUAGUUGGUAGCAAAGGUAAAAAAAGUGUGACCCACCAGAUGUUGUUAGACUAUCAGUCCCAGCCAACAUGGCCAGUAGUCAGGGAUGAUGAAGGUUGUAGUUCAGUAACAUCUGGAAAGCUGUAGAUUUCUCAGGCUUGAUUGUGAGACAUAAUCACUCAUUUUGUCCCUUUCCUCUCAUGCAAGAAGGAAUGCCUCUACCAAGAGGAUGCCUGCUAUGACGCACGCAUCAUUUAAGAACAAAGUAUGCUUCCCUCCCACCUUCAAAACUAUAUGCAGGCUUCAUUGGUUAAUACACAGUUAAAUCAAUAUUUCUUUUAACUAUGUGGCAGUCCUUUUUCAAAUCAAAUAUUCAUACACCGGAAGCAUUGGCCUGUCACUUUGAGCCAUAAAGUUUAACCACGAUUUAAAGGUGAACAUGCAGCGUGCUAGUGAGUAGGGCAAAACUCGCAGCCACUUUGCUCGUCUGCUGUUCCUGUCAUGCUGUUGGGAGCCAGGCCAUAGUUUGGCUUAGCAGCAACAUCUGAACUCAAGUUUGUGGUUUAUUUCUGCCAUGAAAGACCUUGGUUACAAUAUGUGGUUUCCUUAAACAAACCACAAACCUGGAUUUAAUGCUAAGCCAAACCAUGGCUUGUGGCACGAGAAAAGCAACACACCCUUGGUUUUCAACCCAAGUGUGUGCUUACCUUUGAAUCACCAUUAACUGCUUUAAAGUGACAUGAACCAGUGUGAAAGCCUGGUGUAAAAAUGCUAACCAUCAGAUGAACUUGCUUUUUUCUGAAGUGGUAGCUUCCAGUUUUCCCACAUACUGGCUCUUCCGUAAGCAGAAUGUGACAGAUAACCUUAGGCAGCACAGCUGGGGCAACACUAAUUAAUUGUAUGCAGUCUGGUCCUAGUCUGCUUUACUCCAAGCUGGUCUCAUCCAGUUUAGUGAGACUUGCUCUUGAAAUAUUUUGUGGCAGUGGUAUGGACGAUGUAUUCUUGAAGCACACAGCUGUAGUAAGUAGCCACUGUCUCUUCCAUCUGCUUAGGCACUAGAGACCUUUUGAAUGAAUGGAGAAGCAAAUAUGGUAACUGAUGUUUUCAUGCAAUGCUAUGCAUAUCACCAAACAGACAUUUUUCUAGUCCAGCUGGUAUUGAUACAUGUGCAUGGGAAUGUUUUAUUUUGUACGCUGAAAUUAUAGAGGGGGAUAUUAGUGUCAUUCUCAUGAAAGAAAGAGACAAUGGAACUACAAUCUUUUUUAUUUUUUACCUGCACAUUAUUGCAAGGUUUUUCCAUUGGGCAGAUGCCAUGCUAUUCACUGAUUAAUGAGAAAAUUCCAACUGCAGAGCCAAGUAUAAAUUAUGUCGGAAGUAGGUCAAGGCAGGAACAUACUUUGCAACAAACACAGCCAUCCUGUUGGCUCACUUGGAGAACUGAACAAACAGCCUUUCCAGUCCCAUCCCUCCCCAUCGGUGAAAAGCUUUGGAAGUUCCAAGUAACCUGUUCUAGCUUGUUUCGGGAACUUCAUCAACUGCAAGUUCCUUAGGGUCUUUCCAGAUAAUGAAAUGAAAGCUUGCAAAACAUGCAUGUUGUUUUUACCUGUAUCUCUCCAUUCAUGUUUAGUCUGGGUGCUGAAGAGGCCAACCUGGAAUUUUGGUGUGCCAAGCAUGGUUUUAUAAGUAUGUAGGUGCCAGAAUCGGCAGUUUGCAAUAUUUGGCUGCAAUGUUUUGGUAAACAAAGCUGAAAAUGCUUAUGCAAGUGGUGGUAUUUAUUUUUAAAUCCUUCAGAUUAAAUAAACCAAUUCAGUCAACAACAGUAGUUAGAAUUCAUAGUAAACAACUAGGACAUAAAGGGAAUUCACAUUUCAACUUGUGAAUAUCAAAGUAGUGCAGAUAAGCAAUUUCAUCUUCACCCUCUUCUCCAGAUAAAGGGUAUGCUGCUGCAAGUGUGUGCUCAUUAGAGCAGCUGUCAUGGAGUUCUAGCCAAUGUUAGUUUAUAUACUGCAGAGACCCAUUGAAAUGAAUGGACAACAUGGGUUUGAAUCUUAGCUCCAUUUAAUAGGGCUUCUGUUUUUGUUCCUGUUUAUUAUUUGCUUUCAGGUAGUCAUGGUUAGAAUUGCACUGUAACUUAGGCCCAUUAAUUUAAAUGGGUCUAAUCUAAGUCAUCCUUAGCUUGGAUCCAAACCAUGAUUUUCCUAGCCGUGGCACAGAAAUGUACAAGAGAGUUUUAACUGUAGAACAUUUACACCAGUUGAUAUGGUAAGGCUGUGCAGAAUGCAGUUAACACUUGAAGAGUUCUAAUACUGCUUUGGAGCGGGAUGUAUUGUUAAAUGUGCGGUCUACGUGCCACCCUGCAAUUUCCCCAUGUAAUCCCGACGCUUAAUUCUAGGGAUCUUUUGGCACUGAGACUAGGACACCAGAAUUUGACACUCCCAACAGUUAACACAGAUCACAGAGAUAAGUCAGAAGUCAAUGUUGUUAUAUCAAAAGGGAAUUGGCUUAUAUACUAAAAUAUUCAAUAAACAGUGUGUUGAUACUAGUCUGAACUUAGGAAAGUUAAAAACUGUUAUAAGAGUUAUUCUGAUCAGCAUUCGUAGGAAUGCACAAGAAACCUAGGAUGUGGUCAGGGGAAAGGGGAUGGGAGGAGUGGGAGAGAUUUGACAGAAAGGCUGGAAGAGGUAUCAGAAAGGAAAAAUGGGCACUGCAUAGAGCUGGUGGUUUGUAGAAACAUGGGGAGGUUGUACAAAGAUAAAAUACUGAACAAAAAUGAAAUUUGCAUUUGUUUCUCUCACUUUUUCCACUUGCACUGCCCACUACUGCCAUAUAGUUCUAGGAAGGCUGCCCAGAAGAGAAUUCAGACUUUGGGCUAAAAAAAGGUUCCCCAUCCAUGAAUGUGGCCAUAGCACUUCAUAGCCAGUGUUGUAUCCUCACUGAGAACACCUUACAAAUUUAGUCCACCCAUUCCCACACUUUGAAGUCUGGACUUUUGUUUCAAAUUCUGAAUCAUAACUCCUUUUGGAUACUUUAACAGUGUGUCACGGUGCCCCAGCCAGCUACAGCAUGGACCACUCACAGACUUAUCUUUAAUUUUUCUGCAGUUUGACCUAUGUCACAGAAUUGUUUCCUAUUGCCUGCCGCUUCCAUAGUUCCUUUCCCUGACAUAUUAAACUUCCAGUGGUAGUAUACUAGCAAAUAAAAACAUCACUCAUCUGAAAUCACCCGGAUAUGUUUGUGGUGACACGCAGUAGUACCAUAUAUCACUUGCUCUAAUGUAAUAAUGUCUGUUUCAUCGUGUGUGGUUUUAAGGUCUCACUCUUGAGCCACAGAACUGCAUUGGACCUGAGUUGGCUAGUCUGAAUUUCCAGUUAGCACAAGAAUAUAUUCAGUGCUUUUUUCCCUUGACAUACUGUACAAAUUCUGAACGUAUUAUUCUGAACCAUUUGCUUUUUGUUCUCAAUAUUUGUUUACACAACUCAUUCUAUUGUAAUAGAACCUGUUCCGAAAGUUUGGGGUAUAUUGACGCUGGCAUAGACUUGAUACCUGCAGUCCUAAUAUGAACCACACUCUUAAAUUACAUUCCUGUGGUGCAGGUGGGUGGGGCUAACAGAUGGACAAAAAAAGCAGUGGCAAAAAGAUCUAUAUUGCAAGGCUGGAAGGACAAAUGCCCACCACUGACUUCUCACUGAUCUGAAUAUCUCACUGUCCUUUCCACAUUUGAACUCAUGGCUUAUAAUUAUCAGUGUUGUAUAGAUGCCAAUUGGGCAUAUGAAUUGCUUAUGUUAAUCUAUAUAUUUAAGAUAGAAUGGAUAGAAUAGCCUUACUGUUAAAUCAGCUAGCAAUGGUUUUACAUCUUACUUUUCUGUUGUAGUUGCAAAAUUAAAAAGGGUU